UGAAGUAUCAUGACAUGGUUUAGCUCUACACUCUGUACAACCACCCUUGGUCGUUGUAUCAGAAGUCUAGACACAGAAUUGAACAUGUGGAAGUUGGCACUGUGGACAGGACUCCUCUGUGGUCAUCUCUGUGGCGCGUCUCCAAACAGAGGGGACUUGGAGGAGCUGGAGUCCCUUAGCUCAAUGACUGUCAAACACAGCUCCCCCUGCAGCACCACCUGCGGACUGGGCAUCCGUGUUCAGGAGCUGUGCCCAGUGAGUGGCGGGGGGCAGUGUUAUCAGCGCCAGGUGAAGUGCCUGGACACCUGGCAGUGCGGCAUGAAGACACUUACCGUCCCAGCAGGGGGGCGCGUCGAGCUGGACUGCCUGGGAGAGGUGAUGGGAGCCAUGGGCCGUUUCGCCUUCAUUGUGUCCUGGCGGUUUGCUCGCGGCAUAAUCACUACAGACAGCUCGCUAUUCUCGCGUCUAGCAGUGCCCCAGUUGUCGCAGCUCAAGCUAGACCCACUGCAGGAGCAACACGCAGGCACAUACUGCUGCGAUGUGCUUGACAAAACCCACCGCCGCCUGAAGCGCACCUACUAUGGCCUCAAGGUCAUGCCACCAGAGCUGCUCCGCCUGGACUUCACCAGUGCUCUGGAGAAAUGGGACGAGGUCUCAGUCUCGACCAACGGUAGCCAGACGUCGGUGCUGUCCAGCAGCGGUGUGAAGAACCCGCUCAUGAUCAGCCUCACAGUCACCGCAGCCGUGGCGGUGCUCCUCCUGUUGCUGUUCCUCUGGGAGACCUACAGGAAUGGGCCAGCAGGCCCCAUGACCAGACCCACAAAGCAGAGCGGCCGCCAGCACGGACAUAUCACCUGCAAAGAUUUUGAAGAGCAGAUCGGUCCAGGGCCACUUUCAGUUAUAUGGGACUAUCUAACACGCAAUGGACUCUCCCAAACUAUGGUCAUCACAGACACAGAAAAUCAAACUCUACUGUAGAUGUGUCAAACAAACAAACAAUUAAA